GCUCCUUUUUCUGCUCUGCAGGACUGAGCAGUGAGACAAGAGCUAAAACAAACAGCUGUGACUGAGAGAGCCAGCCAAAGCUCGAAGGAACAGAAAACCCUGUUCGUACUGCACCCCCACCCCCACUCCUUUCACCAUCCGCCCUCGCCUCUCCCCCAACAUCCCCUCCUCCACCCUCUACUCACCCCAAUCUACCAAGCCAGCUCUUUCUUAAUUACUCCAGGUUCCCAGACAGCACUGGGGUCCUCAAUAUGAGAAGGAUCCGCGCUAAUGCCAUCGCUAUCCUGACGGUCGCCUGGAUCUUAGGCACUUUCUAUUACUUAUGGCACGACAACAAAUCCCACUCAGCAUCCUCCAGCCGAUCUCCGAGCAGCAGCGGAGGUGGCAGGAACGGACAGAGACCAGCUGGUAGGCUGGAACUCCACAGAGAAGACCGGACUAUUCCCCUCAUUGUCACCAAAAUCCCUACAAGAGGCUUUGAUGAGAAAGCAUACCUGGCCUCCAAGCUGUUAAAGGCCGGAGAGGACCCCUACAGGCAACAUGCCUUCAACCAGCUGGAGAGCGACAAGCUAAGCAGUGACCGCCCCAUCCGGGACACCCGCCAUUACAGAUGCACAUCUGUGCACUAUGCCUCAGACCUGCCCACUACCAGCAUUGUUAUUACCUUCCACAAUGAAGCCCGGUCCACACUUCUGCGAACAGUGAAAAGUGUUCUGAAUCGCACCCCUGCCAACCUGAUCCAGGAGAUCAUUUUAGUGGAUGACUUUAGUUCCGAUCCUGAAGACUGCCUGCUCCUGACCAGGAUCCCUAAAGUCAAAUGUCUCCGAAAUGAUCGGCGUGAAGGAUUGAUCCGUUCCCGUGUUCGGGGGGCAGAAGUGGCAACAGCAGAUAUCCUUACCUUUCUGGAUAGCCAUUGUGAGGUAAACAGUGAGUGGCUUCAGCCCAUGCUCCAGAGAGUGAAGGAGGACUACACACGAGUGGUCAGCCCCAUCAUUGAUGUCAUCAGCCUGGAUAACUUUGCAUACCUGGCAGCAUCUGCUGACCUUCGGGGAGGAUUUGACUGGAGUCUUCAUUUCAAAUGGGAACAAAUACCCAUAGAGCAGAAGAUGUCCCGGACAGACCCCACCCAGCCAAUUCGAACACCCGUCAUAGCCGGGGGGAUCUUUGUGAUUGACAAGGCCUGGUUUAACCAUUUGGGAAAAUACGACACUCAGAUGGACAUCUGGGGCGGAGAGAACUUUGAACUCUCCUUCCGAGUGUGGAUGUGUGGUGGCAGCUUAGAGAUUGUCCCCUGCAGCCGAGUGGGCCAUGUCUUUAGGAAACGACACCCAUACGACUUCCCGGAGGGCAAUGCCCUCACAUAUAUAAAAAAUACUAAGCGCACUGCAGAAGUUUGGAUGGAUGAAUACAAACAAUAUUACUAUGAAGCCCGGCCUUCUGCCAUUGGAAAAUCCUUCGGCAGUAUAGCUGACCGAGAGGAACAGAGGAAGAAAAUGAACUGCAAGUCCUUCCAGUGGUACCUGGAGAAUGUCUAUCCAGAACUCAAGAUCCCAGAGAAGGAGAUGAUUCCUGGAAUCAUUAAGCAAGGAACAAUCUGCUUGGAGUCUCAGGGUCAGGAUACAGCAGGCAACAACCUGGUUGUCAUGGGGAGCUGCAAAGGGACUUCCAACAAUCCUUCCAUGACCCAGGAGUGGGUAUUCAGUGAUCCUCUUAUCCGGCAACAGGACAAGUGUCUCGCUAUCACAUCUUUCUCUACAGGAUCUCAAGUCACACUGGAGGCCUGCAACCAGAAAGAUGGCAGACAGAAAUGGAAGAUGAAAGGUACUUUUAUCCAGCACUUUGUCAGUGGCCUUUGUUUGGAGAACCAAUCCCCACAGGUAGUGACCGGACUGUGCCAGGCAGAUUCACCUGCCCAACAGUGGGAGCUAAUGCAAGCCACAUGAUGGUAGCCCCAGGGACCUCAUCAUUCCUUUUUGCAUGAGACUUUGGGGCUGGAAUGGGGUUAGGGUGGGGGAGUAUCAAGCUGGGUGUUUUCAUCUUGUCAUGUUUCUGUUGGGAUCAUCAGCAAACAUUGCCACCAUGUUAAGUGUUUUUUCCAAAGCUCAUGUUGGGGAAAGGAGGGAGGCAGUGGUUUGUCCAUGGACUCCCUGACCCUAACAGUUCUACCUGUACUUCUAGCCUUACUCCUGGUAGAGGAAAUGGUAAGGACUAUGAACUGUGACUGCCAAACUCAAAGACUGGGCAGAGUUGGGGAUGGCACUUUGCCCUUUUCUUAUUUCUUAUCCCUAUAGACAUCCUUACUCUAGUGCCCCCAGGACCCUAGUUUACCUACAAUGAGUAACAAUGCUUUUUAUGUGGAUUCAUGGGAGAUGUUGUUGUGUGAAGGACUAACUCCUCUGUGGUGCAGCUGGUUCCUGGCUGGUGUCCUGGGCUACAGAAGGGUUGUAGGGUAACUGGGAGGAAGGGACAGAAGAGAAUCAUAAAAUGGGGAAGAAACAGGUGAAAAGUGGGAUGAUGUCCAGAGGAGAUGGGUCAAGAGGAUGAGAGGAAAACCCAGGGUUGUCAGUGCAGAGUCUCUACAGGAGAAAUCCCAGGAUCACAGUGGAAUAUUUAAAAUGUGGAAAGAGGCUACCCUAGAAGAGAGAAAGAUGAAUGAUUUGUGGAUGGGGCUAAGACAGACAAAAACUAAAAUGCCAGCUAAUGCCAUUUCUUCUGGAAGUAGUUUCUCCCUAAUCAACACCAUCCUGAAUCCUUUGAAUUGAAAUCUACUAAGAGAACUGUUGUGUUCCAGUUCCUGUCAGAUUAGAAAAGGCCAUUUAGGCUUGGAAAGGUCUGUUCAUUAAACUGUUCCUGGUCCUUUAGGACCUGGGCAGUUUCUACUUAACCCCAUUUCCCAUGAGGGAGUUCUCUAGGACAGUAGUCUCCAAACUUUCUUGAUCUUGCAUCCCUAUAAGUUUUAAAAAACAUCUUUUUAUAAAAUAGUACGUAUGCUAGGGGGAGUAGCAUUUAUGUAGCUACUACUAUGGGUACCCAAAUGAGGGUUAAAUUAUAACUACUGUUAAGGGGAUGACAUGGUGUACUGUGAUGAGUGAAGAGUAGGUAUGUUGUGUUGGAGACAAGUCCCAUGACUGGCUAUCAUGAAGAAAAUGGGAUUUGACCCAUGUUUCCAUUGGUUGGCCCACAGUUCCUUAAAAUCAAGUACCACCAUUCCCUAGCUUCCUCAGGAUCAUGCCAUACCCCCAAGGGGGUCUAUACCCCAUUUUGGAGACAACUGCUCUAGGAGCCACUCUUGAAAGGAGCUGAACCUUGAAAGAGUUUUAAGUGACUACUAACAUAUGCAUCCCAGCUGUCCUCAUUAUCCACUUUCCCCCCAUCCUCCAUCUAUGACUUGUGCCUUCUGAAAGGUCAUUUGUCUAUAGAAGGAGGAUGUCAUCCUGGGGUAGAAGGAAUGGGGCUGCUCUCUCAUUUCAGAAACCCCAAAGCUACUUCAAGCCCUGCUGUUAUUGAAGGAUAGAUGUUGAAGAGUUAACCUUUGGAGCUCUGGUUGAGAAAGAUAGCUCCCACUUUGUUCCCUCCCCUACAUUGUUCCUUCUCUUCCCUUCCCCACCUCUCCACAAUGACAUCCUCAUAUUGAGCCAGGAAGGUAUAACCUUAGGGAUUCUCUUUGGUUGCCAAAGGCCAUGUGUCUCCCCUUAUAACAAACCCCCACGGGGCUGCCUUUCUCCUGGGUUUAGGCAUCACCCAGGUACAAUAAGGGCCCAGCAAGAAAUGUAGCUUUAUCCAACUCUAGACCUUUCUAGAUGGAAAACACAAGCUCUUUUUGAAGGGCUCUCAUAUUGCAUUCUUCUUGAUGUCUAUAGCACACUGAGUUGUUAUCACAUGUACUCUUUGACCUAGACCAUUCAUUUGAAUGGUAUCUAAAGUUCUGUGAUAGCAAUUUUCCAUGUUGUAUGGGGGAGCAUCUCAAAAGAGUUUUCCUUUUCAGGAUAUUCCCCAUCCAAGGGGAAUGUUGUCAGUGUCCUAACAUACUUAAGUUAUAGGAAUAAGUUGCCAGCAACUUCACCUGGGGAGUUGGCCCCAUUUUUCUCAGCCCACUGUAUGCCAUUUGGCGUGGAACAGUGUUUACCCAUGGACCUCCAAAGUUAAGUGUGGUGUUAUUUCAUCCAUCCAUCUCUCCUAGUGAAUUAACACCACCCAACCCAGUCUAUUUCAAUCCAAGUUCAUUCUAAAUAUGCAUUAUGUCCCUAUUAUCUGCAAAGCAUUGCUCUCAAUACAACAAACUGCCUUCAUAUGAUUUGGACCAUGGGUUCAGUAUAAAUAUUAAUAUAAUUCUGAAGCAUCUCAGGACAGGUUGUAGUAAUAAAUGACCUUUCUGUAGAGGCUGAAUAGAUGUGAUAAAAAAAAUAUUGCUAUAUGAUGAAUUAUUUUAAAGGGUCUCAGAUUUGUUCCUAGUGGUCAUACACCACACUAUGUCAGAGGACUCAAAGCUGUUUUGUUUUUGCUCUUCUUGACCAAAGCAUGUGCCACCUAACUGUCCUUGAGGAACAUGUCUCUAUGAACACCUGGAAUAAAACCCUUUUCAAAUACAUGUGUGCACCACCUUCCUUCGCUCCCAGAUCCCAUGUAGCCUCUACAACAAUGUAUGUUCCACCCUACCCAUGAAGGUCUGAUCUCCUGGUUGGUAGUCAGCUCCUUCCUACACUGAUCUUUCUCAGUGAUAUCCCCAGUGCCUCUGGAUGGGGUUCCCAUAGUGUUUUUUUUUAAACCCUUACCUUCCACCUUGGAGUCAAUACUGUGUAUUGGCUCCAAGGCAGAAGAGUGGUAAGGGUUAGGCAAUGGGGGUCAAGUGACUUGCCCAGGGUCACACAGCUGGGAAGUGUCUGAGGUCAGAUUUGAACCUAGGACCUCCCAUCUCUAGACCUGACUCUCAAUCCAGUGAGCUACCCAGCUGCCCCCUCCCAUAGUGUUUUGCAAAUGAUAUUCUUGAUGGCUGCACAAUUCCUGGAGCCCAGUGGAAGAGAGGAGGUUUGAGAAUAAUGAUGAUGACCAUGAUAAUAAAUGAUACCUUGCAACAACAAUAAA